AUGAGGCCGAAAGCACUCGACGCUGUUGCAGCGCAAGAGAGUAGGGAGAAGUCACUAGACACAAAAUCACCGACUCAGCAGCAAGUCCAGUCCGUUGACGAUUCAGACACGGCAAGCCCAACCUCCAUACCCUCAAAAUCGGCUUCAGAUGGCACCGUAUCAACCAACGAUGGCACCACCGAAGACACCCCAAUCGCUACAUCCAUUGUCUCUGAGGUCGUCCAAAGCGUCAAGUCAGCAAUCGACAGUGCCAUCACAUGGGCCGAAACGAAGGCCGAGAGCCUGAGCGCAGAGCAAGACAGCACAGGCCCAUAUGCUUCACCAGCGACAUGUAUGCCCUCGGAUCUUGAUGUGAUUGCAAGCGGGAUCCUACCUGCUAUGCCGACUGCGAGGCAGUACGACGGAGGUGUUGACGACGAGAAGAAGGAAGCGGAGAGCAGUGAGAAAAGCGUGGAGGCUGGAGAUGGAGAAGAAAAGAACGAGGAGGAGCAGGAUGGUGAAGCAGAACCUAAGCUGUAG